UGUGGCAUGGUGGCUGUGCAACAUCGCCUCAUCGUCAACGCCAAGCCCGGUGAAGUUCCUUAUGCGACAGCUAUUGCUUUGGCAGCUGGUAAAUGCGACCCGAAACUUUCUAUCAAUCUUACCGACCAAGAACAGCCCGGGCUAAACGUGAUUUCUCUUGCUUAUCUAUAUCCAUUUAGUGAUGGAUUUGUCAUUACCAACGACAUUACUAUUGCGAGAUUAGUCGCCCAGAGUAUAGGCAUACCUGACUUCUUUGGAACCACAUGUUUUGAAGCUGCGAAGAUUGAUGAAGUUUUAACUUUAUGUGAAAGUGUAGUUGAUGGCUUUCUCGUUGAUGAGGAGGUUUUGGAUGGAGUGCAGUUAAGCAAGUCUGGCACGCUUUUUGAGGGACGUGUCACUAUUGCAGACGUGGCGCUGUGGAGUCUGAUUAUGAAAAAUGAUGAGGUACCUUUUAUUCUUUUAUGA